AUGGGAAAUUCCGGUAAGAGAAAGGGGAAGCGUACACGUAAGAAGCGGAGAUACUUAACAGAGAAGCCUCCCGCGAAGAAAGCCGCAACUUCAGACGUUUCUUCACUUCUUUCCACCAAAAUUGGACAGGAGAAUAGUUUGUUUGUGGACACCAAUAUUAAAACGUUAUAUAGAUGGGAUCUUAUAGAACCUGAGUCCCGAAAUGAACCGCAGAGAUCAUCCGGUAUGGUACCACUGCUCACGCGAAUUUGCGCCGAUACUGUAGCUCAAAAUGUAUCACAGCUCCAUCCAUCGUAUCUAGACUCUAGUUGGACCGUGUGGAAACACGUUUGGUUAUGUAUCUUGGAACGGAAACUAGAUUCUCCAGCUGUGUUUGGAAUGUUUGUCCGCCAGUUUGGAAAGGAACCCACCUUCAGAUGUCAUAGAUCCGAUACUAGCUCAACUAGACUGACGGCAUUACAAGGCUCACUCAUCCCCAGUAACAGUAAAGUUCUCCAUAGAAUGGAAAAUAUCUUCUCAAAUGUAUCUUUAAAGGACUUUGCUCACUAUGUAUCACAUAACCUGCUUGGUCUUGCUCUAGACAUGUCUUCAAGACUUUCCAGAACUAUGGAUAUUCAUUUAAUCCUACAUUUCAAGACCUUGACGGCAUUAGACUUAUCUUAUCUGGAUAUGGAUGAUCUGUUUCUCAAGAGCCUUAGCAUUGCCCUUGACGAUAAACUACACCAAUUGAGAGUAUUGGUUCUUCAUAAAUGUCCCAGAAUGAGCUCACAGGCCAUUUCACAACUCAUGCAGCUGCCCACAAACUCUUUGGAUUAUAUAGAGUGCAACCACCGGUUGGUGGAAGGAUCAGAAUUUGCAUCCCAUCUCAGUGUUACUCCAACCAACAACCCUCUUUAUGUGGAACAUACAAAUUGGAAAUAUAUUGGUACCAAUAUCCUUUCCCGACUCCCAUUGGGACUUAAAACUUAUGCGUUACAUAACAGACACGCGGUCCCUUUAUCAACCAGAAUCUUGUAUGAUGUCAUGGUAUACGAUGAAGAAUAUCAAUCACCGGAUCAAAUGCCUUACACAUGGAAAGAGAGAAUUAUCCGUAGAAAUCAAAACCCAAAUAUUAUUAGUUAUAUAAGGGACAGACUGCAUCACGUUAACCCCCCCACACCGGCUGUGGCGACAAAGACUACUAUAACUACUUCAGAACCAAACCCACCGAAAACCAUAUUCAAAGUUUCAAGGAAGCUCCGACCGUCUAAUGACCCCCGCACGAUUAAAAGAGCUAAACCCAUUUCAAAAAAGACGAACGUUAGUGAAUUUUUUGAAAUAUAA